AUGGCUCUGAAGCGCAUCAACAAGGAACUCGCUGACCUCGGCCGUGACCCGCCGUCGUCCUGCUCCGCCGGCCCUGCUGGCGAUGAUCUUUUCCAAUGGCAGGCCACAAUUAUGGGUCCUGCUGACUCGCCGUAUGCUGGCGGUGUCUUCUUCCUUCAGAUUACAUUCCCUACGGACUACCCAUUCAAGCCGCCAAAAGUGCACUUCACGACGAGGAUCUACCAUCCCAACAUUAAUGCCAAUGGCAGCAUUUGCCUAGACAUUCUCCGUGAUCAGUGGAGCCCUGCGCUCACCAUAUCUAAGGUCCUGCUGUCGAUCUGCUCGAUGCUUACGGACCCGAAUCCUGACGAUCCGCUCGUCCCUGAGAUCGCCCACGUGUACAAGACGGAUCGUGCGAAGUACGAGCAGACGGCUCGUGAGUGGACCCGCAAGUACGCGGUCUAA